UAGGACAAAUGAAUGUUGUCGGUUAAACAUUGCGUGACGUCUCUGAGCUAAACUCUUUUGCUCGCUGGAGGGUGGCUGUCCGCAAUUGUUUUAUGUUGACCACAUUCUAUGGCAUUUUAGUGAGGAGCAGGUGCUGGUGAGGCUUUUGUGUAAAUUGUGCGGUGCCAUAAAACGACUGUCACAGUUGGAAGAGGUCAUCAACAAUGUCUUCCCUACAGCUUCUUUUGAGGGGAGGAUUUCAGCCACUGAAUUCCUGCAAAUUGGCUUCAUGCCUUUUUACGAGAAAUCAGUCGUCGGUCCCCGAACCCGCCAAGUCAGCAGCUGUGAAACCUAAAAGAGAGCCGUAUUCACCCUUUCAAAAUACAAGCAAUUGGGCAGAAUUCACCUUGGCUCGUUUGGACGAUUUGUUGAAUUGGGGAAGGAAGUCUUCAUUAUGGCCCCUGACGUUUGGAUUGGCAUGUUGUGCAGUAGAAAUGAUGCACAUUGCUGCCCCUAGGUAUGACAUGGAUAGGUUUGGUGUUGUAUUUCGAGCCUCACCGAGGCAGGCUGAUGUUAUAAUUGUAGCUGGGACACUCACCAAUAAAAUGGCUCCAGCACUUCGAAAAGUGUAUGACCAGAUGCCAGAGCCUCGCUGGGUCAUCUCCAUGGGUAGCUGUGCCAAUGGUGGAGGCUACUACCACUACUCAUACUCUGUAGUCAGAGGCUGUGACAGAAUCAUCCCUGUGGACAUUUAUGUGCCAGGUUGUCCUCCUACUGCAGAAGCACUUCUGUAUGGAAUUCUUCAACUGCAAAAGAAAGUGAAACGUAUGCAGACUCUACAGAUGUGGUAUAGGAAGUAAAAAUAAGUUGUUGAAUUUAUUUAUCAGAUUGCAGCAUGAAACAAUUUAAAUUAUUUUUAUUGUUCAUCAGUCUUUGCUUUAGAAUGAUGUACAUAUUGUAUUGUUAUGUAAAUUUGACUGAUGUGUACUGAAGUUCUGCAAUAGAAGAUUUUAAUUACAGUUUUUUUCUGUAUUACUUAGUUCUUAAGAAAUGCGGAAGAAAUACCAUGAACAAGAGAAACUGCUGUUUACGUAAACAAAUAAAACAGAAUCAUUAGAGUGAAGCAUUCAUUACAUUCAAUAAGAACUUACUAUGGAUGGUGCUGUCUUAUAAUAGAGGGGUUUGAUAAUGCCUUUUAAUUGUUAACAAUGUUUUUCUUUGGUUGUAAAUAAACUUCUUAUGAAGUUUUCAUGGUCAUUUAACUUCUUUUGUAAUAAAAAAACUCGUCAAGUUUUGUAAAGCUUGAUUGGGCUUUGAGGUCCAGGUUGAGUGAGUGGUAUAUUAUUUCUUCCCUAAAGAUGUGUUUUUCAUCUCAUACGCAAAGAACUUUGACAGAUGGUGUAUAAUUGGAAGUAAGUUUUGGGGCUUUUGAUCAUUAUAUGUAGUUUUUCAUCAAAGCUUUAAUUUUGUUAUAUAGGAGUAGGGAAUGUUCUGUAAUUUUCCUCUGUGGUUCUGUUAUGCAUAAUUUAGAAAUUGUGUGGUUUUAAGUUCUCAGACUUUUCCUUUCAAGGCUUCCCAAGUUAACCUGUCAUUAAUGUUCUGUUAGACAUUUCUAGGAUUUUUCUAGCCAUCUCAGAACAGCCAGUGAUGGUUUGUGAAUUUAUCUUAAGAGGAGGAAAGACAAAAAAUCAAUUGCAUAAAGUACUUCAAAUUAAACAAACAAUACAUUGUAUUACAUGGAUCGGCUUUUGAUGGUAUAAGAAAGGUCUUGUUUUGUGUGCCUGUUCACCUAGGUUCUGCCAGCCCACUGAGAUUACGCUGUGUAGCAACUACGCUGCACACUUCCAGAUUGGUAUGGGAUGUUACCAACGUUCCAUUACUCACUGAUCUAGUUGAUAGAGAUGCUUGUAGACAAGGGCAGAUUCAGGCUAUCAUUUUGAGGAGACCAUCGUAAAGUUUUGUUGAAUAAUAAACGUAUUUGUUAUUGUAUCAUAUUUUAUGUAUGUACUGUAGAUAUACUAUACAAUAUUGUUUGAACACUUACAUAAUUCGAAUAUAAAUUAAUAUUUAAAUCAAUUUUACCAAAUAAUAGAAGUAAACGAAAACUCUUAAGCCGUUAGUGGAUGGCCAUGCCCCCUCCUCCCCUUGGAUCCGCCAGUGCUUGUAGGUGGCAUUUAGAGAUCUUCAGUAGGCUGUAUAGCUCCAAUGUUAAUAUUUCUUCUGUUAGCUGCAGGAGCAGUGUCGGAUUUCAAAAAUUAACACACCAGAGAAGGGUACGUAAAUUAUUUUUUGCAUCACUUGAAAUCUUGCAGUGUUAAAAACUCAUAAUUGUAAAAUUUCUGUAUUUCCCCACUUGAGAAAUUCGCUUAUAGGAUUAAUUUAUGUGAUGUGUAUUGAGGAUAUAAUAUUUACUAAUUUGAGCAAGGAUCAGAAAUGUUAUGGCUGUUAAUGGAAUAAUAUUUAAUUUUUUA